UAUCUUUUUCGCACUUAUACCGGUUACCAAAACGUCAAACAAACGCGAAGUUGUAGUGUAUUGGUUGUAGCCAUUUUACUGAAAAAAAUUUUGCUACUCGGUAAAUUAUUCUCGAUAUAGUUGGGAUAGAGAUUAAAGUUUUUUAUUUCAAUAAAUAACAUGGCUCAUGAGCGCUCGCCAUCUGCCGGAGUGGAAAAAGAUGGAAAGGACGGAAAAGAGUCCUCGACAAAAGAUGUUAAGCCAAAAGUAAGCUCCUCAUCUAAUUCUAACCGUGGACGCGAACGUGACCGCAGGAGGCGAGGAUCGGCAUCUUCUAGUAGCGAUAGCAGCGGGAGUUCGUCAGAUAGCAGUUCUUCGAGAACCACUUCCGGUUCAGGUUCCCGUUCGAGUUCUUCAAGUUCUAGCGGUUCAUCAUCAUCUUCUACUUCAUCUUCAAGUGAUUCUGAUCGCAGUGCAAAUAAUAGACGUCGCGGUGGAGCAGGUAACUCAAAUACAGCACGUAAGAGUGGUUCCCGUUCGCCGCGUCGUUCCAAAUCUCCGCGCGACACAAGUAAGGCACGUAAAGACAAUUCCCGUUCUAAAGAACGAGAUCGUGACAGGGAACGCGACCGUGAGCGUAAUGAGCGCGACCGAGAUAGAGACAGAGAGCGAAAUGAACGAGAUCGUCGACGAUCACGUUCUCGAUCCAAGGAACGAGUUCGACGCCCGUCAAAUGAUCGAGGCGGAGGAGUUGGAGAUGUUCCCAAUGUUAAACGUGAACGAUCUAAAGAUCGCGAGCGUGAACGUCGAUCGCGUUCUCGUUCAGGCUCACGUUCUCCACGACGUCGUGUACGCAGUUCAGGUGAGCGCAGUCCUGCAACGAAACGACGUGACCGCUCGCGCUCACGUUCAACUACACCGAAACCUACUCGAAUACAUGUUGGACGAUUAACUCGCAAUGUUACAAAAGAACAUGUUGUUGAAAUAUUCAGUUGCUUCGGAGAGGUAAAAAAUGUAGAAUUCCCAACGGAUCGUUAUCACCCUUCAUUUGGACGGGGUAUUGCAUAUGUUGAAUAUGCGACAGCAGAGGAAUGUGAAGCUGCCAUGAAGCAGAUGGAUGGCGGACAAAUCGAUGGUCAAGAGGUUACUGUGUCACCGGUGUUAACACCAAAAGUACGUGCACCCGUUAGACGUCCGUCGCCCAUAAUGCGACGUCCGGUAGGCAGGUGGCGUUCACCGCCUCAAUUUAAUAGAUUCAAUAACCGCGGAAGGCGCUCACCCCAGCGUGGUAGACGUUCGCCACGGCGCCGAUCCCGUUCACCAAUUCGCCGUCGCAGACGUAGUAAUAGCUCAGGCAGUUCUCGUUAACUUAUAAUGAAUGGACGUACUAAGAAACAAGUUACAAUUCAAUUUUUAAAGAAAACACACUCGGCAAUCAAGAAGGAAACAUUCUUGAUUUAUAACUUGUUCUUACUUUUUUAAUAUAUUUAAUUUGCUGUUUAGGUCAUAAAUCGCCCAUUUGAUUAUUAAUACAAAAUUAAAAUUGCGUAUGUUUGUUUGGAAUUAUAGUACUCAGAAUUUCAAGAAUACAUAUAAACAUUUUUAUUCAAUA